AUGUGUGACAGCAGACAUUAUCAGUUAGAAUUACCUUCGAUUCACGAAAGACGCUGUUGGGGGUCUCCACAUGGUUGUGUUGUAGCCGUGAGUUCUGAUUAUGAAAUCCGCAUCGAACACCUGAUUAAAAGAGUAGGGAUUGCUCUUCCGCCACUAGAUACAAUUCGAAGACUGGCUCCUAGAGAAGAGUGGUUUCGGCUUGUACACAAUUUCAAUAUUUUCAAGGACCCUUCCCAUAAGUUCUCAUUUCUUGUCACUGCUAUUUUUGGCCCAAUGAAUCAAUUGGCUUUUGCCAGAGUGGCUUCCAGUAGAGGUGGAGAAGGAGAGGCUUUGGGUAGAAGAGGACAUGGUGAGUGGGCUAUUGUCAACAAUCCAAACAAUUUCAAAUUCAAGGAUGUUGUACAUUUUAAAGAUCAAAUUUUUGGACUUUGUGAUAACGGCACGCUGGUGCGCCUUCUUGUUGAUGCUCCUGGGUCAGCUGAAGUACAAGUUAUUGCUUCCAAACCACAAGAUGUUAAAAAACCCCAAAAAUUAUAUUUGAUUGAGUCAUCGGAAAAUCUUUUUGUAAUUUUUCGUUACACACAUCGUUUUCCUUUGAAGAUGAGGCACGAGACCGUAUGUUUUUUGGUCUACAAGUUCAAAAUCAAUGAGAAGGCUUGGGAGGAAGUAAGCGACUUGGAAGAUCAUAUUAUUUUUGUUGGUGAUGGCAAUUCCUGGUGCAUUCCUACAAGGAAUAUCAAUUUCAGAAGUAACAGGAUCUACUUCACAGAUGACAAUUGGGAGUACCAAACGCACCCAGGAGUAGCAUAUGGAGGCCGUGAUGUGGGAGUGUUUGACAUGGCAACUGGGGAUAUUCAACCACUUCCAUUUUGGAAGGACAACCCUCUCUAUUAUUCUCGACCAAUUUGGGUUACACAUACUUUGCGUUUGGAUUAG